AUGGCAUCCGCAACUGCUCGGCCGACAGCUGCUGCUGCUCUCUAUCCGUCCAUUGAGACACAGUCUAACGCGUCCGUAACCCCUGUAUCAAGUCGUGCAUCUCAACCAGCACCAAGUUCCGUGGCAGCAGCGGCCAUCCCAGGCGCUGACUUCCAAGUUCCAAAGUGGCUUCAAGAGCAUAUGAAAUUAUGGAAGAUUCCGUCUACCCCUGUCCGGGCACACGCAUGGGUCCUUGAGGCUUUUGAUCACUUCAACUCCAAGAGAGCGCUACCUGAACAUUUCCACGGUAUUCGUCCCCAGCUUCAUCGAGCAUGGUUGAGAGAGAACAAGGAAAAGGCCAAGGCACCUAUUACCAAGAAAAGGAAAUCGGAUGGGACCCCUAACCAGCCUGCACCCAAGAGAACGAAGGGAUCAACGACAGUCAAGUCCGAGAACUCACAAGUUGCAAUGCCAGCUCCGAAACCAUUGGGAAACCUGAAAGGAAAGUACGCCAUCGAAGCAUUCUACCCCUGCUGCGAUGACGAGUCUCAACGGAACCACGACGAGUUUUGUAGUAUAGUCCUCUCCCCAGGAGACAAUGGCACGCUGCGUGGCUAUCUCACUUUGGGCCGAAUGAAUUACACUGCACUCAUGCUUUUCGAUAAAUGUCCAACAGACGCUUCGACCAACAAAGUGCCAUUCAGGUGGCGCGGCAAAAGGGUGUCUAACAAGUUCAAAAUAUUCCGAGGUGACAAAAACUAUGGCUGGGCGAAAUUUCUUGGAGACGGAAAGAUCGAGAUUUCUUUUGAUAAGCUGAAACUCGAGCUCAAGGCCCAGAAAGGUCGGGGUAUCGGCGAAAGGGGCAAGCAUAACGCAGCAGCGUUUUGGGACGACUGGCAUGAGUUGGAUGAGGAAAGUCUGGAUCUGCUUGAUGUUGACAGACUCAUACCAUGGUAA